UUUAGAGAUGAAGCCAAAACGAUGUGAAGAUCUGAGAAGAAAAUUGAACGCACGAACGAGGGAGACAACAAACGGCGUUUUAGCUAACGAUCUGAUGAAAACUGAAGAUCUGACCCAUAGUUCCCCUUUCAAAAUCCAACCACAGCGCCGUCGCAGUAAUUUCAUCAAACACAUGGUCUGCGUACAACCGCCAAAGUUUUUAGACACAAAAAAAUGACAGAGAGGGAGGACGAGAGAGGGAUAGAGCAAGGGAAGGGACAAUUGCUCUGGCUAGGACGAGAUUCAGUUCGUGGGUAUGAGAUUUUUAGAUCUCAGAGGUUUUUUUAAGAAAAAGAGAAAUUAUUUUAGAUCUAAGAAGUUUUUCGAUAAAAAGCUAUUAUUUUGCCGCUUAAGUGAAUAAUUUGGUUAAGUGUUGGCGGACUAGGUGAUUUUAGAUUCCCGCUUAGGGAAUUUUUAUCUUAGCGUUUAAUAAAUGCUAUUAUCUAGUAACCAAGAUUACAAACUCAUUUUUAAUAGCAGUAAGCGAAAAUGAGCUAUCCUCUGGUGCUAUCAAUAUCCAUAUUUCUUGUAGUGCUUGCUCCUCCUAAAUUUCUUCACUGAUUCCAUGGAAACUCCUAAUUCUAGCCACUGGUCAGACCUUCCUUUCGAUAUCUUGAGAUCUCUGUUCGAAUGUUUGAGUAUUGUAGAUUUCCACCGCGCUAAGAUCGUGUGUACGAAUUGGUACGUGUGCUCGAAACAAACGUUGCACAAGAAAAGGAAAUCUCCAUGGCUGAUGCUGUUUCCAGAAGAUGGUUGCGUGCUAUACAAUCCAGACGAAGAUAGGGUUUACUAUUAGGAAUGUGGGACAUCUAAUAUUUACAAGACAAAGAAAGACUUAUCAAAGACUCGAUUCCUAGCAAACUCAGGUAACUUGUUCCUCACGCUAGAUUCUAAAUCCAAUCUCUAUAUCAUAGAUUUGUUUAGCGAGAAGAGAAUCAAUCUCCCACCUUUAGACUCAAUCAAAGGCCUAUUUUUUACUCUUAAGCGAAUAGGAGAUAAGGAAUUCGAAACUAGAUUUACUAGACCUAGCUUUGGUUACUACAACCAGAAUGUGGUUAAUCUGAGAGGUCUUUUGUGGGUAGAUGAGAAGAAGAAAGAAGAAUACACUGUUGUGUGGUUUUUCGAUACGGGUGCCAGUUAUAUAGCCUUUUGCAAGAACGGGGAAGAUCAUUACCGUAGCAUUCCAACAGAUAUCGAUGUAAUUCAUAGACAGUUACGAGGCAUAUCUGAUAUGGUACUCCGGGGUGACAUUCUUUAUGUCUUCACGAUUCGACGAUACAUUCGAGUCCUGGAUUUGUCUGGACAUGAAGGUUACAAUGAUGUUGUAUCCAACACUGAUCUAUUAUCACCACUUUACCCAGCUUCUCAUCCGAGUAGUGAUGAUGAAACCACAUAUGAUGGAGCAUUUUCUAGACAUAACAUUGCUGUUACAACAUCAGGAGAGGUUUUAUUGGUCGAGAGCAUCGUUUAUGAUGAUUCCUCUGACUCUGAAAUACCACCUAUGAUCGGCUUCCGCCUCUACAAGAAGGUUCCUAAUCCAGAUCCGGAUGAGUUUAUAUACAGACCGAAGGUGUCUGUUGAGGUAGAUUCUCUAGGUGAUGAGGCUCUCCUUUUGGAUUUAGGUCUCACUGUGCCUGCUGACCAUACACUUGGUAUCCAACCAAACCCAUCUAUUUCACCCGUCAUGACCGUCUCCGUAACUGUAAACUGAAACCUUCAUGCCGGGCCCGAGACAUCUGUGUGUUCAAUCUUGAAACAAAGAAUGUCACACGCUUCCCUAGCCUCUCUUACUUAG